GUGUGUUCAGCAGUAAUCAGUGUUUAAGAGUCGCUGCAAUCGCGAAGAGACCUCAUUUGGGUGAGAGACUAGUCUGUAGCUCACGCACACUACUGAGCGCCAUACCUGUAUCUGUGAGAGAUGAAGCUGUUAUUGACCAUCCUCUUUCUCUGCGCGGCUGCCGUGGACGCCCAGUGGUGGUCUUCCUGGUUCAGCACUCAUGAUGCCGACGACAGCACACCACAUGCGACAUGGAACGGCUUAAAAGUGACCUUCGGAGUGAACCCGUUUUUCGGAAACAACUUUGACAGCAUGCCGCGAACCACGGAGAUGGCCGAUGAGAAGGGGUGGACGCAGUUCGGUCCGAAAUCGUGCUCAGCUGGCACGUGGCAGGGUUUCCGUUAUGUGAAGAACAGUGACCCCGCAGUCAUCUUGCUGUUCGAUAAGAACGGCUACAUCGCCGGGAUGCAGAUGGGGGUAUACAAGAGUGAGCUGCCCUCUGACGGCAGCGUCCCACCCGCACGAAUCACUCCGCCAUGGAUAAAGGACGAGAGCAAGGAUAUGCUACUCCUCACCGUCUAUUUCGUCCAGCCAAGUGAAAAACACGAAAACAGCCGGAGCCGAAUUAUAGAUAUAAUAACCAGAUUAUACGUUACCACAACAGGUAAUAUCUGCGGUGAAGGCCGUACCGAUGACGAGUACCAGGAGGCAGGCACGGGGACGGGUUUGUACAUCCAGACCGGACCUAACCCGACCUCUGACGUCAUGUCCGCACCGCUACAACAGGCAGAUGUGGAGGGGACAGACUGGACAAGGGGAGAGUGUUUCUGGGCCAUGGGUCAGCACUACUGGUACAAGUUUAGACCCGACAUGAACUGUGACGACUUCUACCCAGUCUUCCUGCUGUACAACGACGGGAAGCUGAACGGGUUCGGCUGGAACAUCAACACCCCACUGGACAGUCCCCGCUACGAGAGCCCUCCCACAGGCGCAGUUAGUUUGUUCUUCGCCCAGAAGCCACCCUGUUUCGAUGAGCACGUGCAUCGUGGCAUAUCCACCCUGCAUAUCUACCUGGACGAUUCGCCCAGCUCCAACUUCUGUUAGAGAUGAGACACAA